AUGCUGGAUAGAAAAAUAUCUUUGAAGGAGGAAGUUGUUGGCUUCGCAAGACAUUGGUCGGGGCAUGGUGUUGGUAAAGUUAUUGAAUCGGGGUCCGUCAUCAAGAAGGUAUUUUAUUCUUUUGUUCUGUUGGCUAUGUUUGUCAUGUUCGCCUGGAAUCUUCGACUCAUUGUCAGCAAGUACUACCAGUACCCUGUCGCCACCACCAUAGAGAUACACUAUGGCGCUAUUGACUUCCCAGCCGUGACAGUGUGUAACAAAAACAUCGUCAGGUCAUCCAUGGUUCAUCUUGGAGGAGAGCACUUUAAGGAAAUAGUCAGUCGCGCACAGGCAGCUUAUAAAGAUGACGACGACGACGAUGAUGAUGAUGACGACGAUGACGAUGAUGAUGACAAAAAAGACCCGAAAACAACAAGUCAUCAUCCAAGCUCAACAUCAUCAUCAUCAACUCCGACAACGACUACCGACAUGACUAAUUCUUCAGGAUCAUCUACUUCAACUCCAAUAGCGUCUACAGACAUGACUAACUCUUCAGGAUCGUCUGCAUCACUUCCAACAACGUCUACAGACAUGACUAAUUCUUCAGGAUCGUCUACAUCAACUCCAACAACGUCUGCCGACAUGACCAAUUCUUCAGAAUCGUCUACAUCACCUGAACAAGCGUCCUCUACCACUACCACGACUAAUUCCGAUAAUAAUGAUGAUGAUGAUGUCGAUGAUGAAGACUUAAUAGAGGACGUCCUCCCUGACGAGUUUGUCCACAUCAGCGACGGCGAGAGUCCGUGGCUGAAGACCGGUCUGGACGACGAGAUCGCCGACACGGCUAGGAACAUAUCGCUCGGCCUCUCCAAGCUCAACCAGACGAUGAGGAUGAAGAUGGGACAUCAGUUCAAGGACUUCAUACAGGGAUGCACCUUCAACGGGAAAACAUGCUCAGCUGGAAACUUUAGCAUGUUUUCCAGUGUGAACUACGGCAACUGUUAUACGUUCAACGGGUUUAAAUCUGGCGGAAAUCUCAAGACGCACAAGUCUGGGCCCCUGUUUGGACUAAUUCUGUCCCUAGUUCUGGAACAAGACGAGUAUAUAGGCGCCCUCUCGCGGACGGCAGGUGCCCGGCUGACCAUUCACGAAUCAAACGUGUUUCCAUUUCCGGAAGAUAGCGGCAUCGACCUGUCACCUGGAAAAGUGACCUCUGUUGGAUUGACGGCGAAAUAUGUAAAGAAGUUGGGCUUUCCUUAUACGAAAUGCGUGAAAGCGAACGAAGUGAAGAUUGCGUUCAGGGGACAAUACUCAGUAGCGGCGUGUCGGAAGACGUGCCUCCAGAUAAAGAUCGUGAGAAGAUGCAAAUGUACUGACGUCAGAUACGCCAAUGCCUUCGCCUUCAAGGUCAGACCAUGUGACAGAGAUGGGGACUUUGACUGCAUUCAGCGGGAAGAACAUCUGGAUGUUGACGACUGUGUCUGUCCCCAGGCGUGCAGUCGGAAGAUAUUUUCUCAAACCGUGUCAUCGGCGAAUUUCCCUUCUACUGCCAGCUUGGGUCAGUACACGAAGAAUCUACAGUCUCGCAGUCAGCGGCUGAAAGAGAUUUUUGAAGAAAGUGAACACGUUAUGAUAAAUGUCUUACAAGUGCAAGUUUUCUUUGAGAGCCACCAGUAUGAAAAGAUCGUGGAGUACAAAGCGUACAGUUCUGAGCAGUUGCUAGCCGACAUGGGAGGACAAGCCGGUCUGUUCAUCGGUUGUUCUGUCAUCACUCUGGUCGAGUUACUCGAGUUCGUCGUCCUACUGAUUAAAUAUUGCGUCCAUCGAGUCUGCUUCCGCCGGAAGCUGCCGUCUCCUAUCGCAGUGCGACCAGCGGCGCCCGAUGAAACUAAAAUGUUUUAUAAUAACUAACAGAACGACUUGUAUCCAAUGAAUUUGUUACCAAUAAAACGCUGUGGGAUCA